CCAUGGUAACGCGGCCUAGAGGCGGGCGAGGUAACGGGGCGGGUGAGGACGGGAGCCCCUUCGCUCAGGGGCCGGCACUGCAGCAGUCCGUGGCAGAUCACAAUCUAACAAUGUCCGAUGGUAACGGUGGUGCCGCUCCUGCCCCUCCCAAGACCCUGGGGUCUGGAGCUCCACCCUCCGCCUCCUCCCAGCACGACCAAGAGGCAGCUUUCUACAGGAGCUGCCGCGCAGCCUACCUGACCGUCUUCAGAAGCAGUUUGGAGAAUAUCAGUUCGAGGGAGCAACUGUGUCUCGUGCUCCAGCAGGCUGGGCGCAACCCUUCCAGGCGGGCACUGAGGGAUUACUGGGGGCCGGAUACCCGCCAGCUCAACUUUGAUGACUUCUGCGAGAUCCUGAAACGAGAGAAGGACACCGGCCACAACCAGCUGCUGGCAGCCUUCAGGACCCUCGAUCAUAACAACGACGGCUUCAUAACACACGAGAGGCUGUGUACACUCCUCACCACGAAAGGGGAGCGGAUGACGUAUGAGGAGGUGAAGGACAUUGUAUACGAGACUGAUGUGAAUGGAGAUGGAAAGAUGGAUUACGCAAAGUUCUGCAAGUCAUUUGUAGGGACGGUGGAGGAAUGUCAGAGGAGAGCACUGGUGAGGAUGGACAGGGACGCACACAGCAAGAGGCAGCAGUUCGGGAGUGAACCCGAGAACCCGCCCAAGGAUUCAUCCCCCCUCCCAUCACCCAAGGCGUCCCUGGGAACGAUUCUGAAUUCAGAAGCAGAAAGGACCACUGGAUCAGCUAAUGGCAGCCUCCCAUCACGACCGUCAUCUGUCCGAACCCGUCGGGACAAGGUGUCUCCCACUAUCAGCGUGACAGCCAGCACGGGGAAGGGCCAGCCCAAAUCCAGACAGGACUGGCCCCGGGCACGGUUGAAGGGCUGCUUCUACCUGGAUGAUGACGGUGGGAUUGUCAGCCACUGGUACAGGUUGGAGCUGCAACAAACCACCAUCGUUUUUCUCUCCAUCAGAACAUUCAACCUCAGCCAGGACCAGGGAAAGCAGUCUCCUUGGAUGAGUGUGGACACCUCGCUGUACGUCAGGAGGCAGGCUGAUUCCCAAGCCCUGGAGGUUGUGUGCAUUGCUGAACUCCGGGACAAAGAGGGAUGUGGGUGGAAGGGAAGGCUCCAGGCGGGUGAGUACCACUUGCUGCCCUUCACCUCGGGCUGCAGUCUGGGAGCGAGGAGGCGAGAGGUGCCCCAUGAGGCUAGCCUGAUCCAGUGGGGGGCAGGAGGAGAGCUCUCCCUCACACAGGACUUCAGGGCUGCCCUGUCGGACAUCUUUGAGAUUAUCGACCUGGAUGGGAACGGCCUGCUGAGCCUGGAGGAGUAUAACCUGUUUGAGUUGAGGGCCAGUGGGGAGGAGUGUGAUCGGGAGGCUUGGGGUAUCUGCACAGAAAACUUUGACAUGAGGAGGAAUGAGCUGACGAGGCAAGGCUUCAUGGACUUGAAUUUAAUGGAAGCCAAAGAUCGAGAUGGUGACCCUAGUGAUCUCUGGGUGACCCUGGAGUCGAUGGGUUACAACAGAGCAUUGGAGAUGCACGAGGCGUGUCCUUUUGUGGUUGACGUCUACGCAGAGGAGUGCAAGCCUUCACUGCGGCCAAUGGGGGUGGGAAUCCCAGGAUACCUUCUGGACAUGGCUGUCUGCCAGGCUAUCGUUGCUAGAGGAGAAGCCAGAGCGAUGAAGGGAUACGAGGCGGUGCUGGUCCACACGUACAGGACAGAGACUCGCAUCUCAACUGUCAUCCAAAAUAAAUCUGCGAGUAAAGUUACUGUGCACGUCGACAGUGAGCAGAGCAAGAACUGUGUCAGCAGCCGGGGGCUCAGUGUCUUUGCUGUGGAGGUGGCACCGCGAUCGUCUAUCGUUUGCCAACAUGUGAUGCCAGUGGACGAGAGGCUGGCUUGGACGUACAGCUGCACCGAGCGUGUUGUGAGCUGACGUGGGAGUGGGGACAGGAGGAGGAGAGGAGUAAUGCCGGCCUGUGUGUGUGUCUGCCUGCUAGCCGCUGCCCCAGUGCACAGGCUUGUAAUUAAGUUGGCGCUGAGUGUGUCCCUGCCUCCUAAUGUAGUUUUAAUCGAUCUCAUUUAUUUGCUGCUUGAUUGCUUGGUAUAAUCAUGUUUCUUCAGAGUCGUUCAGCAUAAGGCAAACUAGCAAACACUGGGAUCAUAGUGCAGCGCUAAGUGACUGUCUCCCUCCCUCUUUCCCUCCCUUCAAGCCUUUGAGAGAUUGUGGCAUUUGCACAUAAUUUCUAAACUAGUGCAACAAGAUACCAGAGAGCUGAGAUAGAAGAUUAUUGCUGGAAUGGACUGGAGAACAGGGGGACAUGGGGGAGGGAGGGAGGGGGUGACUGUGCUCGUCCAUGACAGAUGGCAUGGGCUUGUGUCUCAGGAACCAUCUGCCGUUGGGCUGUGUUUGCCAGCUUCUGUCUGGGCUGGCCCACACAUGGCACCUCACCCAGUGCCAGGUGUCCACAGCAGGCGUGAAGACUGACGUUCCAUCUCAUCUGCCUCACCUUCUCUCCCUUUUCACCUGCUAACCCUGCAGUUAGCCACUCAACCACAUUAUGGAGAGCAAUUGUAUCCCCUUAUGGUUAGCCUGGCUAAAUCAACUGGAAGCCCUGGGCUAUUUAAAAGCUUGUAGAAUAUAGGAGAAAGGGAAGAGUGAGGGAGGAGAGCUGUAGAGUGUAGGAGGAAGGGAAGAGCGUGGAAUCCUGUGGAGUGGAGAGCAACAGAAGAGUGAGGGACAGAGGAGUCUUGAAGAACGUAAGAGUCUAGAAUGAGUUCCAGUCUUAAAUCUAGGAACCAAUGAGUUGAAGGAGAAGAUCAGUUUUAGAAACAUAAGAGCAGGAGUGGGCCAUUCAGCCCCACGAGCCUUUUCCGCCAUUCUGUUAGAUCACGGCUGAUCUGUACCUCAACUCCAAAUCUUGAUUGUUACAUGGUGGGGAUAGGACUCCUGUUUAUAACAGUCAUAGCUCUACACUGAGGUUUAUAUUUAGCUGGUAAUCACCAUGAAUAUGCUGGAGUCUUCUCCCCUCGGAUCUCCCUGGCAAUGACUUGUGUUUGACAGGUAGAUCACGGCUUUUGGCUGCUGAUUUAAUGAGGAUUUGUGUU